CCUGGAACGGGUUGACGUCCACGGGGUCCGCGAACGGGUUGGUAUCGUAGCUGGCCAUGGCCGGUGAAGGGCUGAGCUCGCGCUGUGUGUCUGUGUGGAGCCUCCCGCCGGGGACUCCUCUUCGGCUGGGAAUCUUCCGGGAUGUGACGGGGCAGACGAUCCUGGGCGGGGUUACAGCGUGUCCGGGAGGGCGGGGCGUGUCAGUCAUCGCGGCCAAUCACAGCCUUUGGAAGGAAGAGGCCGGGCUCGGCGCCCAAUCAGGCAGCGAGCAGCUCGGGGAAGGGGCGGGGCUUGGCUGACAGUUGCUCGCGGUCUUCCUGCUCGACCAGGGGUGUGGUCAGCGGCUGAGGGCGGAGCUACGCACCUGCCCAAUCCCCUCCCAGCAAGCUCAGGCGGGGGGCGGGGUUUGCUCUGUUGGCAGGUGAGGGUGUGAGCGAGCGGGUGAGACGUGCUGACGUCACACGGGACACUUUGGAGUGUAUACGUCAUCAUGAGCCCUCCGCGUUGUAGUUAUAAGAAGUGAAGUAUGGCGCGGCUGUCACCAUGGUAGCCGCCAGUGUCAGGGCUCGGUGAGCAUGCUGGGAGUGGUAGUCCUGUGAUGUUAAUAUUCCGCGGCCACACAGCUCCAUGGCCAGUGUGUCGGCCGCCUGGCUGGCAGGGUGCCCUGAUGACGUCAUCCUGCGGCGCGGACUACACGUCCCGGCAUCCCCCGCGGGCGGUGCGCUCAGUCUGCGGGAGCGGAGGUGAAGGUGGGAGCGAUGGCCGAGCCGCGAGGUGGGUAGAGCGGCUCGCGGGGGAUACCUGGCUGGGAGGGGGGCGGAGAGCAUGCUGGGAUAUGUAGUCCGGCUCUGCCAGGGGGUUAUUCAAUAAAGGAGGGGAGUGUCCGCAAUGCAGGUGGGAUUAACUCCAUAGAAUGGCAGCAUUGAGGCAGAGAGCUCUCCACCCUGGCUGUGGUUACAGUGACAGCUUGGUGAAUUGCUCUAUCUGGAUACAAUAGCCAGGGCACACAUUCAGCUAUUUUAACACAAAUUUCAACUGUUGGAUUUCAGGUCACUAGACUUUUUUUUUUUUUUUUUCUUAUUUAUUUAUUAUUUUUUUUUGUCUAACUGUAACAAAUCCUGUUUCCAGUUCAGUAUUGGUGAAUUACAACUUCAGCUGAUUGAAGCGGUUAUUGGGGCUAUAUAGUGUCCUGGUGCCGCCUUUCAGGGGGUUAAACUAUUCUCCAACUUUUUACCCCAAUUAAUUUGUCGCCCAGUGCCCGAUGCCAUUGUCCCGUAGCUUCCUUCACGCCUGCACAGUAUGAGGAUGGUUUUGCUGGGUGCAUGAUGAAAAGGUGUCUGGUUAAGCCUCCCUCAUACUGCAAUUUAUGGAGUUAGAAAGCCAGGAGAUAAUGGUGUUAGAACCAAAAUAUUUGGAGUUAGACCAUGGUAAAAACUGUUUAACCCCGCACCUGGACACUCCUGCCCCAUAACAAUGGUACGGGGUUGGGAGUUGCUUUAAUACGGCAAUCAACUGAAGAAUUAAAAAAGUAACCUUGUUAAAGGAACUACUAAGCACCAUGACUAUGCAACCUACUGGAGUGCCUUGGCUCCAUCUCUGGGUACAAUGUAAAAGUAGUAGCAUGGUUUGACAACUUACCUGGGUCCUGUCGCUCACGAUCAUUGGCUGAAAAUGUCAGCAGAGCCCUCACAUUAAAUGAGUGCAGUCCUUUACUCUAAAGUGACAUCUGACUACCGUGGGCUUUGGAGUGUCCCUUUAGCACCACCACACUAAGAUGCUUUGGUACAGUCACAGAGGACAAUGUCUUGACCUUCUAAUCUCCGAGCCCACUCACUUCAUAUUAUUCCUUUGCACCUUUUGCUUUCCCUCACUCCUGUUCUAAGACCUAGUUUAAGUCAUCUUUAUCAUUUUCCUUUUCAUAGGCACGUUCCCUGCUUCUUACAAACAUGCGCUCAUCACACUAAUUAUAAAAUAAGCUCUCUUCUUCAGCCAACUAUUACCCUAUAUAUCUUAUGCCACUCUCUUUAGUCUGUAAUUUCGAAAAUCCAGCAUCCAUCUGCUUCAAAUAGUAUUCCAAGCAUCAUGACCACGUCAGUCUUUUGAAGUUAUGGGGCAAGAAUUACUUGUAUAAGCAGUGUUUUAGCUGGGUUGGCUGAAAUUAUAGAAACGCUCAUUUAAAAAAAACCAAAAAGAUUACGUCCAAAGAAAAUAUGAAUGUAAUCUGUUGUGCAUGUACCUUUGAGAGUACAGUAUAUGAAAUCUUGGCUAGCAAUAGCUACUGCACACCAUCCCCUUCUUCCCCAGCACAUAUUUCCUGUGAGUGUCCAGACACAGACUUAAUAGACUGUAGUACAGCUCAAUGAGAAGUCUUUGCAAGGCAGGUGUUCUAGGCAAUCACUUGCAUCUUCAGCUCUGUGUGAACACACACCUACAACCCCACUACAUAUAAAUACUCUCUUAAAUUAACAUUUGUAGCCUAUAAUUGCCACCAAAGAAUGGAUGAAUAAUGUGUAAGUUAACAUCUGCGUUGUGUGAGUAUUUAUUAUUAAUAUAUAAAGCGCCAACAAGUUCCAUAGUGCUGUACAAUGGGUGGACUAACAGACAUGGAAUUGUAGCCAGAUAAGUUGAACACACAGGAAAAGAGGGAUUAAGGGCCUGGCUCAAUGAGCUUACAUGCCAGAUGGAGGUGGGUAAUGUGACACAAAAGGUAAGGGCAGGGUAGAAAAGUAUGUUGCCAGGAUAUUAUUCACUGAGGACUAGGUGUUGUUUUGAUUACUGUUGGAGAAGAGGAAUCAGGGUGCGGGGAGAGAAAGCUGUUCCGUUUAAUUGAUACGCUUUCCUAAAGAAGUAAGUUUUCAAAGAUUCUUUGAAGUAGUGGAGACUGGGUGAAAGUAUAACAGAGAGGGGAAGGGCAUUCCAUAAGAACAGUGCAGCCCUAGAGAAGUCUUUAAGGCGAGCAACAGAGAUAGGAGUAUCAGGAUCUUAAAUUGAGUCCUGUAUCUUAUGGGAAGCCAAUGUAGGGACUGACAGAGGGGGGAGGUGCGGGCGGACAGGAAGAGGAGCCUCGCCACCGCAUUCAUUAUAGAUGUAACGGGGAAAGUUGUAUAGCAAGGAGCCAGGCUUUAACUCCUUAAGGACUGUGGACAUACUGGGUACAUCCAACAAAAAAGGUCCUAAAGGAAAUCGGGUGUACCUAGUAUGUCUGCGGCAAAUAUUUUACUUACCAGAUCGCCGCCGUUGCCCCCAGUCUGGGGGGACUGCCUGACAGCCCCCCUAGGCAGUCACCCCUAGGCAAAAUAGACCCCCCCAGGCCAUGUGCUCGCUCUGAAAGAGCGGGCACAUGGCUGCAAUAGGCGUCCAUAGUGCUGCCUGCAGAGGGACUGCUUAAACUGACAGGCAGUCUCCCUGCAUCUGUAAAAUAAAAAGUUAUUAAAUAAAAAAAAUAGUGUGUGUGUGUGUGUAUAUAUGUAUGUAUGUGUGUAUAUAUAUAUAUAUAUAUUCCGCAUAUAAAGUUGGCUGCACUCUGGUCUUUAAAAUUUUUAAAUAUUUAUUGAAUUCAACAAAAAAUAAAAGCGAUCGUUUCAGUCCCCCCUGGGACUUUCUUCAGGAUCAAAAUAUACAAUGAUCCUGAAGAAAGUCCCAGGAGGGACUGAAAUGUUGAUUGCUUUUCUUUUUUGUUGAUUCAAUAAAUAUUUACGUUUUUAAGACUACCAUACGAUCUCUAAGGCUACAUAACCAAUCUUCAAUAUUUGUGUUCAGCAAAGUCUCCUGAGUAUAACAGUACCACCUACAGGUACAGGUUUUUUGGUGUUUUUGAAAGUUACAGAGUCAAAUAUAAGGCUUGAUUUUCUGUUUUUUUCACAUUGAAAUUUGCCAGAUUGGUUAUGUUGCCUUUGAGAGCGUAUGGUAGCCCAGGAAAUGAGAAUUAACCCCCAUGAUGGCAUGCCAUUUGCAAAAGAAGGCAAGCCAAGGUAUUGCAAAUGGGAUAUGUUCAAUCUUUUUUAGUAGCCACUUAGUCACAAACACUGGCCAAAGUUGGCGUUGAUAAUAGUUUUUUUGCAUUUUUAACACACAAAUAUAAAUGCUAACUUUAGCCAGUGUUUAUGACUAAGUGGCUAGUAAAAAAAAGACUGGGCAUACCCCAUAUUGAAUAAUCUGGGUUGUCUAAUUUAAAAAAAAUAUGUACAUGUGAGGUGUGAUUCAGAGAUUUGACAGAUAACCGUGUUACAAUGUCACUUUUGAUUUUUAAAAAUAUAUAUUUUGAAACAGCAAUGUCCUACUUAUACUUAUAGCCCUAUAACUUGCACAAAAAAAGCUACGAACAUGUUAACAUUGGGUAUUUCUAAACUCACAACAAAAUUUAAAAACUAUUUAGCACGGGUGUUUUUUGGCGGUUGUAGAUGCAUUACAGAUUUUGUGGGUCAAAGUUAUAAUUUUUUUUUUUUUUUUAUAAUUUGUUUUAUAGUAAAUUAUAUGAUAUACUGAAAAUAAUGGUAUCUUUAGAAAGACCAUUUAAUUUUGAGAAAAACUCUACAUAAUAUGUGUGGGUACAGUAGAUGAGUAAGAGGAAAAUUACAGCUAAACAGAAACACUGCAGAAAUGUAGAAACAGCCCUUGUCCUUAACAGUAAGAAAAUUGAAAAACUGUCUUGUCACUAGGGGGUUUAACGCUGGUAGGGCCAUGAUAUUUUUUCCAAAACUGUUCAGUAAGUUUGGCAUAAAAUGGGGCACCCAAAGUCUCUGCACCAUAACUACGAAAAUAAACAAUGACCUGUAGUUAGAGCUUUACAGGAUUAUGCACUAAUCUACAAAUUGUCUGGAAUUUACCAGGGAACUGCAAUUUUAUUUUCCAUAGACAAAUUGGAAACCUUGUCUUAAUCAGCUAUGUGUCCAGCUCAUCUAUUUUGUCCUUUAAAUAUGUAAUUGCCUUGCAGUUUCCCAAGAUGGCCUUCCUGGUAACAGUUCUCCAAGUGCAGUAGGCAAAUUCUUCCAGGUAUCUGACUGUUUUCAGCGAAGGCCAAUGUCCAUGACUCCUCCAUAAGAAAAAUAUUUGGCAAACAUGGGUUUCCUUUUAGAAUGCAUAGUAAAAAUGGCUGAUCACUGUUGAGAACACUAGUUCACAAAUUAAAUGUUCUAAGGCAAAGCAGGUUGAUCCCCCAAAUUGUGGGACAGUAUAACAUGAGCCAAUGAGUUAAUCUGGAACUUUGUGGAUGACAUAGGUGACGUUUUAUUUGCUGUAUUCCACAUUAAGAACCUGCUGAAUGUUUUAAUAUAAAUUGAUCAUUCUGUUGUACAAUAAUAGUUUUCAUAUUUUUCUCAGCUACUUCAUACAUUUCUCUCCCCUUCUUAUUCAUGCACAGUGUUCCCCCUAUCGUGUGUCGUUCAGGACUAUGCAUGGGGCAAACUAGGCAGUGACAGUGUUGUAGCACAGCUAUGGUCAAGAGGUGACCCCGAUCGCCAGAUAAACUCAGAAAAGCCCUAUGCUGAGGUAACUUUACAAGCUUCCAUUCGCUCAUUCUUCAAAAGUACUUUGUGCUUCUAACUAUUCCUCAAUUUAUCUUUCUCCCCCCCCGCCCUUGCUACUUUUUCUCCUUGUGAUAUUUUUUUUCUCACCAUGCCUUCACUGUCUUUUUUUAUGCUUCCUUUUCUGUUUGUUCCAGUGUUAGUGAUUCCCGAGUAUAACUCAACAUUUUAUAUUUCUUUCUGUUUUCAAUAUGUUAUCUUCUCUAUUACCGGGUGUAUCACUUUCUGUAAUUAUUCUUCUCUUAAACAGCUGUGGAUGGGAUCUCACCCCAAAGGAGAUGCUCUCAUCAUAGACAACCGGAUUACUGAGAAGACCUUGAGUCAGUGGAUCUCUGCUCACCCCGAGUGCCUAGGGUCAGCAGUCAGAGAGAAAUUCCAGGAUCAGCUUCCAUUCCUGUUUAAAGUACUGUCUGUUAGAUUAGCUCUGUCCAUUCAGGCACAUCCAGACAAGGUAAGAUUCUGGGUAGUAGGAAAUGAUUGUCCGUGAUGAGGUCAAGAAGAAAGCAGUGGUAUGAAAGUGAGGAAUAGAGUAAACUGAGGGUAAAGGUGAAAGGGGUAUUGAAGAGAAUAGGGAAAUCAGGAGAUAUAUGUCAAUAAAGGCAAAGAUAGAAUGCAGGAGUUUGAAAUUUUACCCUGAACAGUCCUUGCUUCCGUACUUUUUUUUUUAUUUUUUUAAUUAUUUUAUUUAUGCUCAUCUUCCUGGCCCUCAUGCUUUGUUUACCAGUGGCCAGUUCCUUAGAAGGUUCUCUUUCUUUUAGACCCUGGCCAAGAAGCUCCAUACUCAGUUUCCUCAGCAUUAUCCUGAUGAUAACCACAAACCAGAAAUGGCAAUAGCACUUACCCCUUUUCGAGGCUUGUGUGGCUUUCGGCCUAUUCCUGAGAUUGUAGCUUUCUUGCGAGGUGAGCUCUCUAUAUGUUAAUGUUACUCUUCAGAAAAAUCUAAAGCACAAAAUGGUUAGAAGCCCAUCUAUUUUUCAAUUGACAGAUGUCCCUGAGUUCCGAGCUCUGAUUGGCCAAGAGGCGGCUCAGAAUUUGGAGUCUGUUGCAGCAAGUUCUGAUGAAGCCCAAAUACGGAGUGCUCUGCAGAGAUGCUUCACAUGCAUGAUGCAGAGCGGCAAGAAGGAGUGUGCAGAACAGCUUAAUCUGCUUGUACAGCGUGUGUCCCAACAAGGUAAAAAGAAAAACCUAGACACCCACCAAUAUCUUCAUAUUUUAAUGCAGUGGUUCUUAACCUUUUAUUGACAACUUUAUUUACCUAACAUUAUCUUGGUGACACAUUUUUAAAGUGUAACUAGCUCAGUGACCUAUUCUUGGAUUGUAAUGUAAUAAAAUAAAUGUUGCCAAAAAUCUUUAGUAACUCAAAAUAGAAAAUGAGAACAGCACCUACCAUCAAGGCUGUUUUUAAUGCGGGGCAAAUGGGGCAGCUGCCCUGAGCCCAGUUACUCCUGGAGGGCCCAAAGCAACUGUUUGUUUUACCUACUUCAGCCAAUUUUUCACACUUCUAAUACUGAGCACAACUUGCCGUGGGUAUUUUCUGUUUUGACUUCUAUCAUUGGUUGCUUGAAACCCUGCUAACCCUUGCCUUAUGCUGUUCUCUAUCUUUCAGCUCAGAGCGGCGGAGAUGUCUCUCCUUGUAUCGGAGACCUACUCCUCAAGCUGCAUUUGCAAUUUCCUGGGGAUAUUGGGUGUUUUGCCAUUUACUUCCUCAAUGUUCUAACUUUACACCCUGGAGAGGCUAUGUUCCUUGGGGCCAAUGAACCCCACGCUUAUUUGGAGGGAGGUGAGUGUGAGAAAACACUUGAACAAAAAUGUUGGCUUAUGAGGGUUUUUUUUUUUUUUUUUUUUGCCCAAGCAAAAACCAUGUGAAGUCAUAAAACAUACAGUUUGUAGAAUGUUUCCAAUACAAAUGUUUACAUUUGGUUAUCUGCUUCAUCAUUUUUUCUGAUACUUGUAGAUAUCACAGUUAGGAGUUUAGAAAAUGGGAAAGGGCAUUAAUCAAUUAAUUAAAGGAACACUCGAAGUACCAUAACUACUUCAGUUGACUGUAGUUGUUAUAGUGCCAGGAGUGCCCUGGCGCCAUCUAUAGGGUAAAUAGUCAAAAUGUUUGCAAACAAUUUAUAUGCCCACUAAAGUCACCCAGUACACUUUAUCUCAAUAGCAUUAGGAAUACAGGCUUCAAUUCCUAAGCUAUAGAUGUUCCUUAGUUUGAUGUUGAGGUUCUCCUUGCUAAAAACAGUGCUCAUUGCAAUUUCUAAAUUUCUAUUUAACAAGGUACACCAGUAAGCUGGACCCGUACUUUAGUGAACAAUCAAACUUUCACCCAAAAGUGGUCAGUGGGUGUGCUUGAACCACCUUGACUUGUGGUGAGUUAAACCCUGUUUGGAUCACUAGAGGGCGCUUCUUCAUAGAAGAGUGUAACUACCGUACAUGUAUUUAUUUACAUUGAGAUUUCUCUUGUUUUCAAGUAUGUCCUGGGCAUAUAUUCUAAUAAUGAUCACAGUACCAUUAAUAUUUUACAAAAUACGAACAUACUUCGUAUUUCCAUGUAAUGUACUUAGUAAUUUCAUGUAAUGUACAGUUAUAUGCAGACUCUCCCUUUUACUUCCUAAAAUAUACAGCUAGUAUCGACUUAUUUAAGGCUCCUUUCUUCCUGCAAAACACACCAAGUGCUAACCCAAAAGUAAAAGUACAUGGGAAACUUAUCUACAAAAAACCAUGACAAAAUGUUGAAAUAUACCCAUUAUUACUUUUCAAUUUUUGUUUGUAAUAUUCACAACACAAAUUGCAAAAAAGGAAUAAAAACUACGAAAAGCACAGCGUACACACUCUAUACAUUUUUAAAUUACAACAGCAGCACAUAAGAAGUGUCCAGGGCUCUACGGUGGCUGCUGACCUUUUCUUUGAUUGUCCAGCAAAUGAUAUAAUGUAUGGAGUAAAGAACUAGUCAUUGCAUAACAUUGAGCAAUAGCGUUUCUCCUAUGUUCGUGAAGUACCGUAUAUACUCGAGUAGAAGAUGAGUUUUUUCGGCACAUUUUUUGUGCUGAAAAACCCCCACUCGUCUUAUACUCGAGUCAGUUUCUGUAUUAUGGCAACUUACAUUGCCAUAAUACAGACCAGGACCGCCCUGUUGGGGGCUGGCAGAGAGCUGUAACUUACCUUUCCUGCAACUCCUGUCAGCUCCCUCCUCCUGCAUUCCGGGCAGCUUCCACUGUAAGUCUCGCGAGAGCCGCGGGGUCAGAGCAUUGCCAUGGGUUACCGUGGCAACGCUCGGCGCGGCACUCAAACCGCAAGACUUACAGUGGAGCUGACCGGCACGGAAGAGAAGGGAGCUGACAGGAGCUGCAGGAAAGGUAAGUUACAGCUUUCUGCCAGCACCCGUCCUGCAUAGUACACACCACUGGACCACUAGAGAAUGAGAGCCCCCCUCCCUGGCCAUGUAUCAAGCAGGGAGGGUGGACGAAAAUAAAUAAAGAUUUUAAAUAAUAUUAAAAUAAAAUAAAAAAUAUUAAAUGCCCACCCCCCCACCAAGGCUCUGCAUCACACACUGCAUUCAUACAUACACACACACACUGCAUUCAUACACAUACACACACACACACACACACACUGCAUUCAUACAUACACACACUGCAUUCAUUCUAUACACACUGUAAAUAAAUAUAAAAUUAAUAUAAUUUUUUGGGGAUCUAAUUUUAUUUAGAAAUUUACCAGUACCUGCUGCAUUUCCCACCCUAGUCUUAUACUCGAGUCAAUACGUUUUCCCAGUUUUUGGGGUUAAAAUUAGGGGUCUCUACUUAUAUUCGGGUCGACUUAUACUAGAGUAUAUACGGUAAUUUACCCUAACGUGCUGUCAAUAUCAGGAUUCACUGAAAACCCUUUCCCUAAGCAUCGAGAUCUAAUGGUCAGUAUGUACAGAGUAGACGACACAACCAAGAGCACGGACUGUCUGAAAAGGUAUUUUGUGAUACCAUAUCCUGUAUGGAUAACAAGGAAUUAAAGAUUUAAUAGGACUAAAUACUACUUUCUCUGUCCUAAUACUUCCAAUCGUAUCCAUCCAGGGGCAGACAUUGGAGUUCAUAGGUUGUGAUCACUGUUGACCAAACACAGCAGCACCACAUUUAACCACUUAAGGAUCAACGAGAAAAUAAUUAAAACAAGCUGCCUUUAAAGAGACUUUAUCAAAUUAAAUGUCCUGCGCAGCAAUGGCAACUGCAAAUUAAGCAUGGCAUUCUGUUUAUCUCCCAGGGUCAUGAAGGACCAGGUUAUAAUGAUGGCACUUAAUAUCUUUGUUCUUGGUUAAUUUUUUUUAGUGGUAAUUUCUUUAAUAUAAUGGGUCUUGUUUCUCAUGCAGAUUUAAAAGUUGCUCUUUUAUCUUUUUUGUUUUAAUAUUUUCUAUUCAUCUUUGUUUUUUCCUAUUGCAUUAAAUCUAUAGAUUGUGUGGAGUGCAUGGCUUGUUCUGAUAACACCGUUCGUGCCGGUCUCACUCCAAAAUUUAUAGACGUCCAGACUCUGUGUGAGAUGCUGACCUACACAGCGGCUCCAGCCAGCUCCAAACUCUUUCAGCCAACACCAAUCAGAGAGGACCCCUAUGCCAUGGUCUAUAACCCACCUGUGCCAGACUUCACAGUCAUUAAAAUAGAGGUGAGAAUCCACACUGGACACCACUAAAAUAAUGACUAGUAAUAUGGGAAGCAAUCUCUGCAACUAAACGUACAAAUGCACACAGUGCUGGGUAUUUUGACUAUUUCCCAGAAUCCCCUAUAACUGUGUGUAAAUGAGCAUGCACUGUAUAUGACUUUUACAUUUAUCUGAUACUGCUUUACUUAAAAUUGUAUUUAACCCUUAUUUUCAUGAGCAAAUGAUUUAUCCUCACUAUAUAGGUUAUGAAUGUGCAUAUGUGGAAGUGUACCCUGCUGUCUUCUCACAGCACCAGCAUAAAGGGGAAAGGUUAUCCUGGUGUUACAUCCAAUAAUGCAGUAGCAUGCUGCAAUCACUGACACAAUGGCUCUCUGCAAGCUCAACACAGAAGCCAACUGAUAUUGAUACUUUUGCUUUCAUACUACUCCACACCCCCAACUCCUGGUUUAGCUAAUAAGAUUUCAUGAAUAUAAAUUGAGACCCUCUCCCCCACAUACAGCCAAACCUUCAUCCCACUCUUACGUGCACACAAUGAGAGAUUCUCUCUCCCUAACCUAGCAGGAAUAAGCACAGGUGCAGAGUAACUCUGCUUCACUUCAUCGGUUUUAAAGUAUUCCCUGCUGAAUUCCAGCACGUUGUUCCAUUCUUUAUCAAUGACUGGAUUGUGCGUGCAUUGUUCUGUAUUGGAAAAUGGUGCAUACCUGGAAAUCGCAUAUCUCUCCUGCUGUCGGAAUGGUAUUCAAGGGUAGAAGAUACAGUAACUGUAGAAGAGCAUGUACAUUCAGCCACCUGAUUUUAGUGUUCACUUUACCUACCUCAUCGCCUUAAUGGAUAUUUAUAUUGUUUCACCAUCAUUUACUUUCCUAGAUUUUUCUACUUUCUUGCCCAUUUGUCAUGUACUUUGGAAGAUAUAAUUCUUGAAGUAUCACUUCCAAUAAUAUUUGUCCUUUACUGUAUCUUCCCACCUCUAUUGUAAAAUUUAGGAUCACAAUUUUGUAAAAAGUUUCAAUUCUAUUAAUAGCUCUUAUCUCUUUCUUUGCAGGUGCCCCCAUCCGUGUCCCAGUACAAAGUGGCGGGCUUAGAGUCUGCCAGCAUUUUGCUUCUGGUCAAAGGCCAAGCCACCAUCAGUGGGUCACAGGAAGGGCUUAGUCUUCACCCAGGCUCUGUUCUCUUCAUCUCUGCUAACGAGUGCUUAGUCCUCAAUGUUGGUUCCACAGAACCCCUCCUGAUGUUUAGGGCCUGCUGUCUCCUUUGAUGUAGCAAAGCCCAAGCAUACCUUUAAAACCUAGUUUUAGAAACCCUUUACGCCUUACGCAGUGCAUUUUGACUGUGUCUCCCUGAAUAUCAAAUAAGAUUUGUAUCAGAGUAGAAAGAUCCCCUGCUUGGUGUUGGUUUAAGAGAUUUUAAAGUAGAAGUUACCCCAUCUACCUGAGUAAGGUAAUGCUAAAUAAAUCAUUAACUUUUCAUGGCUUGCUUAUAUAACGAAGGGAUCCUUCUGCAUUGAAGACAUCCUAUAUAAGAGCCUUAGAAUAGCAGCUUAGAUGGCCUAUGUUUGAAUGGAAUUCAAAGCAGGUUCAAUUGUUUUGCAAGCAUGUUACCUGCUAAAACCAGUAGCAUGGAAAAGAGUUAAUCAUCAUAUUUCCUAAAAGAAGACCUCCCGCCCCCUGAGUAUACAGCGUAAUGCAGCUUUUAACAACUUAUUUUAAUAGAUGCUACUCACACUCCAUAAGAUUAUGCUGCAAAUGUCCUACUUAGCUCAGGUUUGUACAAUGAUCUGUGUGUGCUGGAGAAUGUGUUUGCCUGUUUUUACAGAUGUACAAAGCACAGGGGCAGUAUUGUCACAAGAGGAUAUUAAAACAUUGCCAGGACAGGAUUGAUGUAGAAUGUGCCUUUAGCUGCUGGUUAAUUUUGGUGCUCCUUUAUUUCUAGUUAGUGGUUUCAAUGAUCACCUAGCAAUAGGACUAACUAUUUAAUGGUGCUGUAAAAUGCAGAACUGCUCGAAGUGUAACUAAGCCAACCUAUCUAUAGGCAGACUUAAAAAUGCCUGAAGCAUACACUGUAGUGUGACAUGGUGGUAGCUUGUUCCACCCCUAUCCAGUGUGGUUUAUUGCAUGAGACGAUUUUAAUUUCUGCUCAACCAUCAGAGAAGCUUUGAAUCAUACACUGGUUUUCAUUAGGAAUAGUCUGGAUUAGAAAAAUUCCCUUGAGAUUACUGAAUUUAAAUGUACAAUUAUCAGAGUUAGGAAAGGCAAAACUUACUGACGAUUGGUUAUAUCAACUGAAUGAGCACAUCUAAUGUAGUACCAGCUGCUGUCUGCUUUAAAAUCCAUAAUCCCACUGAAAAUACAUUAUUUGUAACAAUGAAUUCCAUCUGAAUCUAUCAGUUUAGAAGCAAUUUUGCUAAAUUAAUUCACUUGCCUGCGUGCAAAUAGUUUAAAAUUAUUUUUAAAUGAUUUUAACAAAAAUACACAUAAAAGCAAUAACCUAAAUCAAUGUUUUAACUAUUGUGUUAUAGAGUAGCUCCAAUUGUGUCAAACCUUUCUCCCAUGGAGUUGGCUAUCAAAAUGGCGCUAAUGACAGCUGCUGGUCCAGUCUAAUUAUUACUGUGUUUGAGCAGUCAGUAGCAUGUUUUCAGCACUGGAUGCUGGUUUCAGCCAUUCACUUGCCUCUGGGGCUAGCCUGGAAUCUGGUCUGUGGCCUCUAAUUUGGAGGCUGCAUUACACAAAUAUGGUAAUUCUUGGCCAAUAUUGCAGUCCAGAUGAACAGUUUAUUUUUAGUAAUCAAGAGUGUGAGAAUUUGGUCUUUAGUGAAUAACCUGGAUCAUAUUUCUGCCUGAAAGCUCCUAGGAUAUUAACUCUAAUAAGCACAUCAAAUUGAAUAGUUUAUGAAUGAGAAUAAAACUAUGAAUAUAAUAUUGUACAGCUCUGUGGAAUAAGUUCUCUAUAAAUGCCAAAAUUAAUAAUCAUAGCAACAGUAUUUAUUUAAAGACCGUAUGCCAGCCAACCAAAUCAUUAACAGGACUCCAUAAAUAUCUGAUGCAAGCCUUUUACUGCUCAGUGUGUGCCCAGAACUGAAGCAAUCGCCCAAACUGGGCAGAUUUUCAUUAGCAUAAGACCGUCCAGAUUUGAGAUCGCUGUCACACAUCCAGGUUAUUCCACAUCUGUGACACCAGGAAAAAAAAUCACCCAAAUAGUAUUAUAAGGGUCACUGGAGCCAGCAGGUCUGUAAACCUUGCAUUAACCAAUACAGGCUAAACAGCUCAUUUUCAAAUAUAGAUCUCAUUAUUCUUGUGGCAUUAAUGCUACAUCUCUUGUUAAAGGCAUUUUGGGAAAGAUGCCAUGCAUGCAUUGAAUGAAUGUAAAAGUGUGUUUUCACACAACUAGCAGCAAAUUAUUUAAUAUUGAAAUGGUUAUAGCCUUGACGGUACAUUGCAGUACACAGAGCAUACUGUGCUACGGGUGCUGCAUCAAAGUUGCCCUUCUUCCGGAGGCGGAAUAAUGAAUUGCUGUGACAUGUCUCAAUAAAUCUUUGAACUGAGAUCUUGUGUGGUUUCUUUUAACU